AUGGAGAAGCUCCUCAUCCUACCUAAUGGGCUAAUGGCACGAGAACUGGCGCGCUACAAGGUGGACAUCGCCGCACUCAGCGAGACCCGAUUCUCCGAACAAGGCCAACUGGAGGAGGUGGGUGCCGGCUACACCUUCUUCUGGAGUGGCCGACCCAGGGCAGAGCGACGGGACGCGGGUGUCACCUUCGCCAUUCGGAACGACAUCGUGGGACGACUGCCCUGUUUGCCGCAGGGCAUCAACGAUCGCCUGAUGAGCCUCCGCCUGCCUCUCCGGCGAGGAGGCAAAUUCGCCACCAUCACCAGCGCCUACGCUCCGACGAUGACCAACCCCGACGCCGUCAGAGACAAAUUCUACGAGGACCUGCACGCCCUCUUGGCGACUGUGUCGAAGGCGGACAAGUUGAUUGUCCUUGGUGACUUCAACGCCCGCGUCGGCACAGACCAUACUGCCUGGAGAGGAGUGCUGGGUCCCCACGGCCUCCGCGGCUCAAACGACAAUGGUCUGCUGCUUCUCCGCACCUGCGCAGAACACCGCCUCAUCCUGACGAACAUCUUCUUCUGUCUGACGGAGCGAGGGAAGGCCACCUGGAGGCAUCCUCGGUCGCGCCAGUGGCACCUGCUGGACUAUGUCCUCGUCCGGAGGCGAGAUCAGCGGGACGUGCUGGUGACGAAAGCGAUCGCGGGUGCUGACGGGUGGACCGACCAUCGCCUCGUCAUCUCGAAGAUGCGUAUUCGCCUAGAGCCUCGCAGGAGACCACAAGGUAAGCGACCCCCAGGUAAGCUGAAUGUUGCCUUGUUGUCUUUGCCCGCUCACCAUCUUUAUUUCAGCAAUGAGCUAGCUCGACGGCUAGACAACCUGCCCAUCGCCGACGCCGCCGCUGCCGAGAACGCCUCCGUGGAGAACCACUGGUGUUAACUGCGAGACACGGUCCAGUCGACGGCGCUCACCGUCCUCGGUCGCGCUCCCCGCCAACACCAGGACUGGUUCGACGACAACGACGCCGCCAUCAGAAAUCUGCUAGCUGAGAAGAACCGCCUACACAAAAUCUACGUAGAUCACCCCACUGAUGCCACCAAAGCUGCCUUCUACCGCAGUCGCCGCCAACUUCAGAAACGACUGCGCGAGGUGCAAGACGCCUGGAUCGUUCGCAAAGCUGAGAAGAUCCAAGGGUACGCGGACCGCAACGAAUGGAAGAACUUCUUCUCUGCGAUCAAAGCUGUCUACGGUCCGGCGACGAAGGGCACUGCUCCUCUCCUCAGCGCCGACGGCAACACUCUCCUGACUGAGAAGACGCAAAUCCUACAGCGAUGGGCCGAGCAUUUCCGAGGCGUCCUCAACCGCCCCUCCGUCAUCUCCGACGCCGCCAUCGAGCGUUUGCCGCAAGUGGAGACCAACGUGGACCUCGACCUCCCGCCAUCUCUCCAGGAGACCAUCAGGGCCGUGCAGCAGCUCUCCAGCGGGAAAGCACCCGGAUCGGACGCAAUCCCUGCUGAGGUCUACAAGCACGGAGGUCCCCAACUGAUUGACCACCUGACUGCGCUCUUCCAAGAGAUGUGUCGUCAAGGUGAAGUCCCGCAAGAUUUCAAAGACGCAACCAUCGUGCAUCUCUACAAGCGCAAAGGGAAUCGCCAAGUCUGCGACAAUCACCGCGGCAUCUCGCUGCUGAACAUCGCCGGGAAGAUCUUCGCCCGCAUCCUUCUCAACCGCCUCAAUAAGAAUCUGGAACAGGGUCUUCUGCCGGAAAGCCAAUGCGGCUUCCGUCGUCAUCGUGAAACCACGGAUAUGAUCUUCGCCGCCCGUCAACUUCAGGAGAAGUGUCAGGAGAUGCGGACCCACCUGUAA